AUGCAUCGAGCUUAUCAAACCAUCAUUCCAACCAGCAACAAGUACCUACAACAGAAAUGGGACAAGAAUGAUUAUCAAAGGCACAGGACAAAGGUGCAAAAGGCGACCACAGUGGUGGAUACAAGGGGACCUCAGACUCCUGCUCAUCUUCAAGUCAAGCUAAAAAAACUGCAGCUAGAGAAAGAACGUUUGGCUAUUAUCAGAAGAGACAACCAGAUUCUUUCUUGUAAACUGUCUGAAAUUAUGAGUUCCGAUGGGACUGUAGACAAUUGGAAUAACUACACAAAUAAAAGUCUAAAUGCGGAGAAGCAUCAGAGGGAGCUCAAACAGAUACAGCAGGAGAACCAAGCCAUGCUACGCCGCAUCACACAUUGCCAGUCGGAAUAUAGAUGCUGCAGACUGGAUGAGGAGUGGGAGAAAGUGCAGAGACUGCAAAAUCACAUUGCACGCUAUCCACGUGGCCUAAAAACUGAGCAGAAGUAUCAAAAGAAGAUUCAUGAUGGAGGAUUUGGAGACUCAAUGAGCAACAACUUUAUGAUGAAGUCCACUGAGGAGGAAUAG